AAGUGAAUAAAAAAAGGCCAAAUAAUGGACCUUUGUCGAUCGAGACAAGCAGGGCGGCGGUGCAGUUCAUAGCUAGAACCACCAAAAAAAAAAGCAGAAAAUCCCAAAAGAGAGAAAACCAAAUCCUGCCUUUUCUCUCUCUUAACUGGAAAAUUGAAGGCAAGAAGAGACUUAAAAGAAGCAGAACAAGAUUGAAGGUCGCUAGAAUUCACGCGUUCUCCGCAUUAUUCUUCUCAGAUUUCUAUGUCAUUCAAUAAUUGAAAUAUCUCCUUCUCCCGAUCCAAGAUCCUUCCUCUUCCUCUUUCUCCAAAACGUCUCCGUUUUGGCUUCCUCCCAAUCCGGAAAUUUAUUAGGUAUAGGUUAUUUUCAGAUUUCAAUUCUCUGCUUCAUUUUUCUUUUCUCCUCGUGAUGUCAAAUCCAUCGACCCCAAAUUCAAAAAUUAUCGAGCUUCAUUGCGGCAUUUAGUCUCAUCUGCACGUUUAUUUUUUGAGUGAAAGUUGUUUUCUUUUGACUUAUGAGGAUCUGAAGAAGGUUACUGAAGGCGAUUUCUUGUUUUUGAUCAUUGAAUUGAGGAUUAAAGCUGUGGCGAGUCGAUCUCUGCAGCUGUUGGUCUAAAUACACAUGUCUCACAUUUCCUUAUAGAGCCUAGUAGCCUACCUAAUUUGGAAAGCCAUGAUUUUGGAUUCACCAAAGGGCGUUCCUGGAUUGGUCGCGUUACCGCGGUCGCUCUCUUCUAUGGCAGUCACAGUUGGAGGCCUUGCCAUUUUCUUAGUUCUUGGUUCUUUGCUUCUGAUUUCUUACCCCAUUGGUUCCACCGUCCAUGGGUAUUUUUAUGGUGUUGAUAAUUCUAAUAAAUUGGCUUUGCCCGUCUUUCCUUCUAACGAAAGCAACACAGAUAGUAGUCUUGAUCGUAAUGUAGAUGUGAUUAAUAGAAAUUCCUCAUCUGGACCUAGUUUGGAAGUACCCAUUAGUUCUAGUGGUGUUAAUGAUAGUGUAAAUGACAUAGAUAAGAAUUCUUUGCCAUCGGAGUCUGAUCUACAAAUUCCCUCUGCCAAUGCCCGACAAGAAGUUGGGGUGAAGGAGAAGGGCAGUUCAGUUGCUUCCAGUGCUAAACGAAAUGUUGUGUCUGAUAAUUCAGGUAGUGCAGAUAAAGGAUCAGAUGAAAGUAGCACAACUACUUCUGCUCCAGAUUCCGAAUCAGAGGCUAAGCCAGUUUUAUCUGAUGUGCCCAGCAACACAACCCCGAUCAGUUCAGAAGAUUCUGGUUGUGAUCUGUACCAUGGAAUUUGGUUCUUUGAUUCUCAGGGACCAUCAUAUACAAACAACACAUGCCCUGUCCUGACACAGAUGCAGAACUGCCAGGGGAAUGGGAGACCUGACAAGGAGUAUGAGAAUUGGCGUUGGAAACCUUCUCAGUGUGAACUUCCACGAUUUGAUGCCAAGAAGUUUUUGGAAUUGAUGAGAGGGAAGACUCUAGCUUUCAUUGGCGACUCUGUUGCUCGAAACCAGAUGGAAUCAAUGUUGUGCCUUCUCUGGCAGGCAAAAGUUCCCAAAAACCGUGGGAACAGAAGAAUGCAACGAUAUUUCUUCAGGUCAACAUCUACUAUGAUUGUGCGAAUAUGGUCCUCUUGGCUUGUUCACAAAACAUCAGAACCUUUUGACUUUGCUCGAGAAGGUGUUGUCAAACUCCACCUUGAUGCUCCAGAUGAGGAUUUCAUGGAAUUCAUCCCGAGUUUCGAUGUGAUUGUUCUUUCUUCUGGCCAUUGGUUUGCCAAGCAAUCUGUCUAUGUCUUGAGCAAUGAAAUUGUGGGAGGACAGUUGUGGUGGCCAGACAAGUCUCGUUCAAUGAAGAUUAACAAUAUUGAAGCAUUUGGAAUAUCUACAGAGACAAUUCUCACGUCUAUGGUUACCCAUCCAAAUUACACUGGGCUGACCAUUUUGCGUUCCUAUUCACCUGAUCAUUAUGAAGGUGGGGCAUGGAAUACUGGGGGAUCAUGCACUGGAAAAGUGAAACCUCUUGCUCCAGGUGAGUUGGUGGAAAAUGGCUUUACGGAUAUAAUGCACAAGAAACAGGUAAGAGCUUUUGAUCGUGCAAUUAAGAAGGCAACGAAUAAAUCAAAGUUGAGGUUGAUGGAUAUCACUGAACCCUUUGGUUAUCGCCAUGAUGGGCAUCCAGGUCCAUACCGAAGUCCUGACCCAAAUAAAAUAACGAAACGUGGACCAGAUGGAAGGCCCCCGCCACAGGAUUGCUUGCACUGGUGCAUGCCUGGUCCGGUUGAUACGUGGAAUGAAUUUGUGCUUGAAAUUAUAAGAAGAGAAUUUGAGGGCAGCCAAAGCUCUUUAUUGUGAGAGUGUUGCUUUUCUUUUUUCCUAACAGCUUGCAUACUUGUGCUUUGUACUGGAAAGAUCAUUUGUUCAGUGAGAUUCAAUUUAUUGUAGGAUCAGGGGUAGCCUAGUCCUUUACGGUUAUUUAUUUAUUUAUUUUUUCUUUUUUUAAAGGGGGAAAUAUGGCUGCGGUGGGUUUAGGAUUGAUCGGGAUAUGAUGUAUUAUAAGGCCUCCAUGUUGUUCGAUUAUCAGGAUAAGAUUAAUAUUUACUUGUGGAGAAAAUUGAGAGCUAUUUGUUGGAUAGUAUUGUUACAUGAUGCAAAACAAUAAAAUUACAAGUUCUGUUCUUUCAAA